CUGACAGACACAUAUGUGGUUGGUGGCAGCAGGUGGCGGCUGAUUUCUGUUGCUGCUGCUGCUGUCAGACACAGCAUCUCUGCUCCUAGCCUUCUGCUGAUCGCACAGCAUUUGUGUCUCAGAGCUUGAAGUGCAGGCAGAGACAAGGAUCAACCACGGACUGUCAUCUGUUUACUACGACCACAAAAUAAAACUCAUUAAGUUGGAAUUGUCUCACGAUAACCCUAGAAAAUCUGCCCGAAUUCACAACUGUAGUGUGUAAAAGCUAGUCGCAGCAAUGGGGAACAGCAAGAGCGGUGCCGUGUCCAAAGAGAUCCUGGAGGACCUGAAGCUCAGUACCAAGUUCUCAGAGACUGAGAUCGUCCACUGGUACGAAAACUUCAAGAAGCAGUGUCCGUCGGGGCGCAUUACCAAAGAGGAGUUUCAGAACAUCUACAGCAAGUUCUUCCCGGAAAGCGACGCCAACACGUACGCCCAGCAUGUCUUUCGCUCCUUUGACACCAACGAUGAUGGCACUUUGGAUUUCAAGGAGUACAUCAUUGCCCUCCACAUGACGUCAACAGGGAAGACCACAAGAAAACUGGAGUGGGCCUUUUCGCUGUUUGACGUAGACAAAAAUGGAUACAUCACCAAGUCUGAGGUCAAAGAAAUCUGUGCGUCUAUUUUCAAGCUGAUUCCCAAAGAUGAGGUGGAUGACCUGCCCGACGACGAAAACACUCCUGAAAAGAGGGCGGAGAAGCUCUGGAAAACCUUCAACAAAGAAGAUAACGACCGAAUCGCAGAGGGAGAGUUUGUCCACGGACUGUUGAACAACGAGGAAGCCCUUUCUCUGAUUCAGUAUGAACCACUGAAAUAAAAGUCCGAUGAAGAGGACUCACCUCCCAUCCGCUCCAGCCACUUUCAGCACCAUCCUUCAUUCUGUUAAUGCAGUGACGCCUGAACGCACCCUUACACACAGGAGGCGCGCCUAUAAUGCGCCAUUGCCCCACAUCAAUCAGCCGUGCAUAAUCUCCAGCUUGGUUUUGUAACGUUUGUUUGUAUCAGUGUCCUCUUUAAAGAUGUGCUGCAGAUGAAACAUGAAGCUAAAAAAUUGUCAUUGUGGUGACAGAAGCAAAAGUUUUUACUGCUCUAAAGCAAACCCUCAUAGCUACACUUUUUUUUUUGCUGAAGCUCACUUAUGAAUGGAGACUACAAUGUGUAAGGGUAAGGUUAUUUCUUUUAGAAGAAUAUGUGUUGAUUUUAGAAUGCAAACAGACUAAUUAUAACCAUGUGUUUCCUGCAUUUCCUGAGCAUUAGUUUCAUUAUUUUAACCUUUCUAAAAACUCCCAUAUAUGUUUUAUGAUUUUCAAUUUUGUCUUUUUUGGUCUUUCAUGUAUAUUUACCAGUGUUGUCUGAUGGUUGUUCGCUAGAAAAGUUGGAGAGUAGUCUCAGUUGAAGAUUUUCCUUUGUAAUAACAACAAGUGAAGAUUGUAAUAAAAAUGAAAAUUUUACAAACUG